AUGCCUGACUCCAUUGCGGAACCAUAUACAAUUCCAAUCUUUUACGCUCGCUCCCAUCCCACCGAACAUCCCAUCCUCCCAGUCCACAGCGCCAGCCCAAGCAUUACCCGGCGAUCCAAAGACAUUGAACUAGACCAAUACCAGUCGGAGAAAAAACAUUACGCCGGUGCGCCUCAAAUCGGAAGCCGAUCAACAGACGAAGAGCAGGACGAACAAGAGGACAAAGAGGAAGAGCAAGACGAAGAUUCCGAAACUGAACCGUCGGAACAAGACCACCUUGUGGUUGCGGAAGGCUCUGAUUCCCCUAUGCAACGCAGAAAGUCCAAAAAAAACAAGGACAAGAGAUCGCAAUCUCGCCCAGAUCUUCGGAUCGAGAUCGACCAGAACGGCCACGCGAAUGGCCACGCAAACGGCGACAUGAAUUCCCAUAUUGAGAUGAGACGCAAACACGUCUCGAGCGACGAUCCUACGACGAACACCACCAGACUGAUGAACAGAAAUGAUUUCUCCCUCGACUAUGAGCCGCCUCCUCAGACACCGCAAACCCCUGGCAUGGUUAACACCAGCUUCGUCGAUCUCCCUCCGAAAGACAAGAAGAACUUUCUCCUCCUUUGUCUCCUGUAUUUCCUCCAAGGCAUCCCCAUGGGUUUGGCCUCGGGCUCUGUCCCGUUUCUGUUAAAAAGUUACCUCUCAUAUGGUCAAAUCGGCAUCUUCUCUCUGGCCAUAUACCCUUAUUCGUUAAAGCUGCUAUGGAGUCCCAUUGUGGACGCAGUGUGGAGCAGGAGGUUUGGACGGAGAAAGAGUUGGAUCACUCCUAUUCAGACCAUCUCGGGACUGUCCAUGAUUUACCUGGGCGGUAGAAUCGAUGAGAUGAUGAAAGCUACAGGUGACAACGAAGGAGCCGGGGUUUGGGGCUUUACUGGCUGGUGGUUCCUUCUGGUCUUCAUGUGCGCCACUCAGGACAUUGCGGUUGACGGAUGGGCCAUUUCGCUCCUCUCGAUCCAGAACAUUUCGUAUGCAUCAACCGCACAGACAGUCGGCUUGACUGCCGGGUCUUUCCUGUCACACACAGUCUUCCUCGCGCUACAAGCUCCAGAUUUUGCCAACAGGUGGUUUCGGGCCGUACCCAGGGAGUACGGGCUAUUUACCCUCGGCGGCUACAUGGCAUUCUGGGGAUGGGUUUACCUCAUCGUAACAGUGGGCUUGGCCAUUCUGAAACGGGAAGAGAAGAACAAUGAGCGUGAAGGGAUUAUGGAAGUAUACCGGACCAUGUGGGCUGUGCUCAAACUCCCCAACGUCGUCACCAUCAUUAUCGUCCAUCUUGUCAGCAAACUCGGCUUCGUGACCAAUGAUGCGGUCACGAAUCUCAAGCUCCUAGACAAGGGCUUCGGACAAGCAAAUAUGGCCCUCGUUGUACUCAUUGAUUUCCCGUUUGAAUUGGGCUUGGGAUACUACGCUGGGAAAUGGUCUACAGAGUAUACACCGCUGAAAGUAUGGUGUUGGGCAUACGCUGCACGCCUUCUGGCCGCCGUCUUUGGGCAGAUUACGAUCAUGAUGUAUCCGACUGCGCCCGACGAGGCUGUUCCGGUGUGGUACAUGCUGGUGGUGAUUGCUGCACAUGUUUCAUCGACAUUCAUGAAUACCGUCAUGUUUGUUGCCUCGGCUGCGUUCCACGCUCGAAUUGCUGAUCCAACGAUCGGCGGAACAUACAUGACAUUGCUUGCUACCGUCUCGAACCUAGGUGGCACGUUCCCGAAAUUCUUCAUCCUCAAGCUUGUCGACCUCUUUACGAAAGCGACUUGCAUUCCACCGGCUGACCCGGAGGCCUUCCUCAAAACUCACCCUGAGGUGAUCUCCAACAGUUUCAGCUGUGCUCUUGAAGCAGACAAGAACAUCUGCUUGAAGGGAGGCGGGACCUGCCUCAUGCAACGUGACGGCUAUUAUAUCACAAAUGUGAUUUUUGUGAUCAUUGGAGCAGUCUUGUUUUGGACUUACGUGGAGAGGAAGGCCCUUGCUCUGCAAGCGUUGCCCCUACGCGCAUGGAGGGUAGGGAAUCAUUCAUACCGCCAUGUGCCAUCGGGUUGA